GCGAUAUUUCGUUUCGUUUGCACCGUGUGGCUCUUGGCUCUAUUUUGCCGGUGACGUCACGUAUAGAGCGCGUAAAUCGUCGUUGUUUUGAUUGAGUAAUGGUAGUUUUGUGUAUUUAAAUGACCAAUAAUUACUGACAAUAUGUGAUAAGUAGUUACUUUAUUCGUUAUUUUUAAUUGGACUUUUGUGCCAGUUGAGUACUUUUUUGAAGUUUUAAAGAACUUGAGCUGAAAUUAGAUCAGAAAGCCUGAUAUGACCAUCUAACGGAAACGGUCUAGUGUCUCAACUGGACAAGACUUAGAAAACAUGCCACAAACCAUUAAACCUAACCAGCCACCGAGCACGUAAUGAGCCGGCUCUGGGUGACCCUUAUCAGCGUUCUGACCUUGUGGGGUGCGAUCGGGGGGGUCGGUACCACCCAGUGCCCCGAUCCGACCGCGAACCCCUUUUGUCACUGUUACGAUUUUGAAAAUGGAAUCUACCUGGAAUGUCCCGCCGCUACUGCUCAAACUUUGAAGUUGCUGUUUGACGUCGUCAAAGUGCCUGUGCAGUCCCUGUCGGUGUACGAACCAGAUAAGUCAUUGACAAAACUACCAAAAAAUGUGUUUCCGGAAUCAGCCACAAUACGUCACAUUCAGAUUUCUCAGUCCAACAUUGAAGAAUUGCAUGACGAAUCUUUGCGCCCACUGAAGCCGCACCUGGAAAGUUUCAGUCUAGUAUCUGCUCGGUUGAAAGAAAUUCCACAAAAAGCUUUCAAGGGUCUUAAUAAACUUAUUGCCCUGGAUCUGGAAGACAAUGAGAUUACCGAGAUCCCGAGUUAUUCUUUUUACGGCCUGAAGUUAAUGAAAUUAAGCCUUAAAGGGAAUCGACUGCAGAGUGCGACCGACUAUUCAUUCGCCGGACUCGAAGCAACAAUUUCAGAUUUGGACAUGUCAGAAAACAAAUUACAAUCCUUUCCGAUGAAUGCACUACGACGCCUGGAACAGCUACGCCACCUGCGGUUAUCCUUCAACGACAUCAGUGUUAUGUCUAGUGAUACAUUCUCUCAUUUGAAUUCGCUCCUUUUUUUAGAUCUUAGUUUUAAUAAUUUCCAAUUCGUGAAUCGGGACACUUUUAAAAUAUGCCUGGCCAUAAGAACGUUGUCGUUAUACUACAAUGUGAUUGAAAAAGUUCACGAAGAAACAUUUAUAAUGUUACGAGACUUGGAAAGUCUCGAUUUGAGUCAUAAUAAGAUUGUUUAUUUAGAUCCAAAGACUUUUAGAAGUAACAAAAAAAUUCGUACAAUUGAUUUAAGUCAUAAUCACUUGCACUAUAUUAACGGAGUAUUCGCAUUUUUACCUGACCUCAAAGAAGUCUUCUUAAGUGAAAAUAAUAUUUUGGAAAUUAAACAAGAUGCGUUUAGUGAGUCGACAAAUUUAUUAGUGAUAUUUAUGCAGGACAACGCCAUAUCUCGAAUAGAUCCGAAAGCAUUUUCAACGUUAACAAAUUUAACACAAUUACAUUUAAGUUCGAAUUUCAUUUCUUAUUUGCCACGCGAAAUAUUCAGUUAUAAUUAUAAUUUAACCUCCCUGAGUCUCGACAGCAACUGGCUAGUUGAUUUAGAGCCAGGUACUUUCGAGAGAACACUCGCUCUGAGAGAGAUUAGACUGCACAAUAAUAGAAUUCAGUCUAUACACAAAGGCAUAUUCAAUCCAUUGCCCGAAUUGUUAGAACUACAUUUACAACACAAUGAAAUAACUUCAGUUGAUGAGACUGCCUUUUCUACGCUACAAAGUUUACAGCACAUAAAUCUACAGGGUAAUUUAAUUGCAUAUUUAGCUGACGUCUUUCCGCAGAAUUCGACCGCUUUAGUAUCUUUACAGUUGGAUUUUAAUGUAAUUACGAUAAUAAACAAUAAUACUUUUAAAGGACUUUCUAAUGUACAAAUGAUGUAUCUAGGACAUAAUCGGCUGAAAGAAAUAAAAAAAGUUAUUUUCAAAGACUUAGCACUAAUUCAAAAAUUGUAUUUAAAUAAUAAUAGCAUAUGUGAAAUAGAAGAUAAAGCCUUUCAAUCAAUGAGCUUAUUGAGAUUUCUAGAUUUAAAUCUAAAUCAUAUAAACCAAAUUACUUCGAAAACUUUUGCGGAACUGCACGAAUUGGAAGAGCUCAAUCUGUCUCAAAACUUCAUCGGAAAGAUAGAAGGCAAGGCACUAGUAAAUCUGAAAAAGCUAAGAAAGCUGGAUUUGUCGUUUAAUCCUCUGAAAGUUUUACACAAUUCGAUUUUCCAGGAAGGAUUACCGAUUAGGAUACUCAGUUUGGUUAACUGUUCUAUUUCCAAGAUCGAGCAGGACGCUUUUCGCAGCCUGAAUAAUCUCAACCACUUAAGCCUGGCUAACAAUGAAUUAUCCGUCCACGAUCUUUCAAAUCUAGACAUUCCCGGAUUGAGAGUUUUGAACUUGGCCUAUAAUAACUUGAGCAAUUUAGAUGACAAGGCUUUAAAUAAUUUACCUUCUCUGCAAGUGAUUUCUCUUGAAAAUUGCACUAUUGGCAAUUUACACGGAGGAGUAUUCAGAAAAAAUAAAAACUUAAUACAAAUAGAUUUGAGUGGGAAUUUUUUAAAAGAACUACCUCCCCCAAUAUUUGCUCAAUUGAAUAUUUUAAAAGAGCUUAAAUUGAAUUUUAAUCAAUUAAGUCAACUACCAUAUUUAGCCCUUUCAAACAUAUCAACAAUGGAAACUUUAUCGCUGGCGCACAACAAUCUCAAUACUCUGGAAGUUUAUCAACUAAACGGCAUGCCAAACUUGAAAUAUCUCAAUUUCGGUUAUAAUUCCAUAUCCGGAUUGACGGGAUUCAGUUCGACAAACUUAAAUCAACUUUUGUCGGUCGAUUUGGGCGGCAAUAAAUUGUCAACGUUGCCGGCGAAUUUUUUUCGCAAUUCGCAUCUCCUGAGGCGAGUCGACCUUUCGGGGAAUCGAUUCCAGCAUAUGCCGAACGCUGCUUUAUCUGAAAUCACCCUACUGGGACUCGGAUGGUUGAAUAUCUCUGGGAAUCCCAUAGUAAACAUGCACGAUAAUGGACCCGUACGGAGUUAUGCCGCACUCGAAGAGAUGCAUUUACAAUACAGUGAUCUACUCGUCAUUACGAGUAAAGAAUUUGAAUUAUUCCCGUCAUUGCUCCACGUCUAUCUAAGCUACAACAAAAUACUAAAAAUAUCUCCUGGAGCUUUUAGUUCACUGAAUCAUCUUAUUACGCUCGAUAUUGGGAUGAAUCAAAUCCAGAUUAUUCCGCAGGAGCGUUUGUAUGGACUGAAUAAUCUUCGGGUACUCAACAUAACGCACAACCUUUUGAAAGAGUUAGAUGAGUUUCCACAAAAUAUAAAAUCGUUACAAAUUUUGGACAUAUCGUAUAAUAGGAUAACUAGGAUUAAGAAGACCACAUUCAUUUACUUAUCGAACUUGGCCGAGCUAUAUUUGGGCGGAAACUGGAUUUCUACCGUUGCACCUGAAGCUUUCCGACCGCUUAAUAAGCUAAGAACUUUGGAUCUCAGCAAAAACUUUUUGGAACACGUACCACUCGAAGCGUUUAAGCCUUUGGAAACCCAAAUUCGUAAUAUACGAACCGAAGAUAACCCUUUGGUUUGUGCCUGCGACUCAGAAGAACUAUGGGAAUGGUACAAAGAUCACAGAAAGCAAAUGCAACAUCCAGAAAAUAAACAAAUAAAGUGCGAACAUCCAGAAAAGUUGAGGGGCAAAGUAUUUAUAGAAUUAGACCCCGAACAAUUUUGCGAUCAGCCCAUGGUAAUCAAAUUGGGAAUCCAAGAUAUCCAACCGUUUUCAGUUAUAGUAUCGUGGCAGAGCAGAAAUCAUUCGGGACUUCAUGGAUAUCAAGUCGCUUAUUAUUCUUCUGAAACCACCGAGGAGAUAAAAGGAAAAAUUCUGGAUCAAUCAGCUCGUUCGCUAAAAUUAACCCAUCUCUAUCCCGGCAUCAGAUAUCGAAUUUGCGUGCUGGCAUUAGGCAAUUGGGUGUCUUCGCGUCUCAAACCAACAUCAGGGUCUCGACUGAUGAUGAGAAAAACUGUCCCGUUUAGAAACGAUACUAUUCCAGAGGACUUCGAAGCCCUUCAAGACGAUGUUUUACCGCUCCUGGUCGAUUCCGCCACAAGUAGAUGUACGGAGGUUCUGACAUUGGGAGCUCCAGACCUCGACAUCUUGCAAGAUCAUUCCAUGGGGGUCCAAUCCAUCUUAACGCGAAGAUUGGGUUUAAUCGUCGGAUGCUGUUUGGGAUUCGUGGUUUUUAUUUUUCUGAUCUCGAUUCUAGGAUAUCUAAAGAUCAAAAAGCAACGACGUAACUUGAAACGAGACCAGCCGACCGUACCUCCGGAAUACAUGUCUUAUCGCCAUUUUUCCAUCCAGGGCGGUGAGUCUACCGAACGCUCUGGCCAUCCUCAUUUUAUCACCGACAUGAAUAAUACAACGACGAUCAACUAGAUUUCCAUCAUUCCAAUGUAAAGUUUGUAUACAUGAAAAUUUAGAAUUAGGAUUUGUAAAAUUUGUAGAAAAGUUUAAUUGUUUUUAGUUAUUCGACAUCUCAUUAACAUACAGGGUAAAUUCUAUUUGAUUAUCGUUGUCAGCAUUUGGCUCAAAAUUUUCAUUGUCAAUGGAAGAACAAGAGAGUGUGUAGAUAAAGCACAAACAUUAUUAUAUAUGUAUAGAAUCCGCGGUAAAUUAAAUCCUGGUUUCAACAAGUGACAGAUAAUUGAGUAGAAGUGAGGCUUGAAAACCUAUGUAUAUAUCAAAACGAUAAAUCACUGUACAGAUAGUAAUUUAUGUAUCUUUCAUAAGUUUUGAAACAUAAAUUUUCCGAAAAAUGGACAUUAAAUAAAAAAAUCUGUUUUACUGUCUAAGGCCCUCCUCUGGCUCUAGAUAUCUCAAUAGCUUCCAAAUCACAUUAAAAAUUAUUAUUGUCCACAAAAUUGCUCAUCAUAGAAAUAGGAUGGUUUUAUUUGCGUUUUAUGGCAAAACCCAUAAAUUCCUUACGACUUUAUAGGACCGGACUUAUUAUUUCAUAAAUCCUGACUUUAUCAAAUAAAACUUUUCUAUGUCAUAGUCACUCUCAAUGAGAGUUUUCAUAAAUAAAAGUUUUCAAUUCGACAUCGACUUAUAUUUAGUUCUUUUCUAUGUGAUCACAUGUCCUAGAAAUUCUACUGUUUCAUGUAAGUAUUCCGAAUUAUCUAAUUGAUAUCUAAUAACUUUGCAAAUACUUAUUCAAGUUCUUUCAGAUGUAACCUUGAAAAUAUUACAAAUAAGACAACUUUUGCUAUAGUAUCCAGAUUUUUGAAAUGUUGCUGGUGAAUUUUUUAAACCAAAUGGCAUUGAGGUGAACUGAUGACCAUUUUCUACAUUGAACAUUUUUUUUUGUACUAAAUCUUGUCAGGAAUGUUUUUUUUUUUUACUUUUUGAAUAAAUUAUGAGUGCGUUAUUAAUAGACACAUACUAUAUAUAAAUUAUUCUGAUUUGAGGCAUUUAUUUCAAUAAUUAUUUUGACGGUAAAUAAUCGUGGAAAGUUUACAUUAUUAUUGAUCUUUUUCUCACUGCGAAAGUUAUUCGUUACUUUAUUUAUCUAUCUUAUAUUAUGUUUAUUCCUUAAAAUUCUUUUUGUUUAUUUCUGUUCUUAAAACAAUGUAUCUUAAAAUCAAAUAAAAUAUUUCUUGAUCGUUAUCUAGGUAGGUAUCUAUCUCUCUUGUUCUUUCGUCCAGACAUACAUAAUACAACGAUGGAUAGUACGUCUAUCUCAAGUGCUUUAAACUAAUAAUUGUGCUUAGAUUCACAGAUUUUUUUUUAGAAUGGAUUCAAAAUCAAAAAUGCUUUUAUUGAAAACCUUUCACUGGCCACUAGUAGUUUUUUCUAAUCAAAAGUUAUUUUGUAACAUGGCAAAAGGAAACAAAAAAUAUCGAAAAGUAUAGGUAUAUGGACUCUAAUAAAUUGAAAAAUAAGUAAAUGUAUAUGAGAGUUACUUGUCGGCUAGAAAAUCACGAUUUAAUAAAAACGUUAACAGUUAAGUUUUAUAAAUUUUACACUUUUUGUUUGUAUUAUAGUAUGGAGCAAUUAUAAAGCCAACAAAAUAGGCAUUUGUGCGUCAAGUUAUUCUAAUUCUUCAAGAUUUAUAGACAGUUUUAUAUUCAAAAUCAUACAAAAAAUAAAUUAAAAAGAAAUAUAAUAAAAUGACGCAAACAAAAUGCGCAGGUACCAUUUGUAUACAUAUAAAUUAAAUAGAAG